AUGUCGUCCAAUAAGACGGAAAAAGAUGUGCAGUAUUUCAAUUCUGCUGAUAUUCCGGCGCCUCCCUACCCUGGUCCCCCUUUGGACCACAAUGUAGCCCCCCAGCAUGGAGCACAGCAUGUUGCCCAACCGGUUGCCCAGUACCCUCCUCAGCCUGUUCACCAGACGGUGAUCCAUGCUGUUCACCAGCCGGCGAACAACAUGGUGGUGGUCCAGCGGCUACCAACGGAGGUCCCCGGACAGAUGUUCUGUCCCCACUGUCAAAACUCUGUUGUCACCACCGUUACGUACAGAGUCGGAUUAUUCGCAUGGAUGAUUUGCGGGAUACUUGGGGCGUUUCUGAAAGACGUGGGAGAGGGAAGGCAGUCAAAUCACACCGAGAUGUGA